GAGGAAGCUCGACGGCGUUUACGAUUCACGACUGUCGUCUAACAAGAAUAUGACAGACAUCUCCAUAUUUCCUUUUCGGUCGUCAGUAACUUGCUCGUGUUUCACAAAGGUGUCAAGUCUUAUUGGUCAGCCGAGACAGAUAUCCAUUUAGAAAUCAAAGAUGUACAUGUAUGUGCGGCCGUGCAGAAAUCAAGAGGAAAGAGGCAAUCACGGGUUGACAAAACAGGAAACAAAAUGAAAACAACAGCCAAGACCUGAGAAUGGGCACAGACCCACAUCAACUCCUGAAGAAACUCUACCUAGACCCUUCCUCACUGGAGUGGUCGGAUCCACGGGAAGUAAAAGUACUUCGUGGCCAGGCUGGGAAACUAGGACUUCGUUUCAAGACAGUUCAGAGUGCAUCACGAGACACCAGCAACACUGUGGUGGUCGUGGUGAGAGAAACCUGUGUUGUGCAAGUUGGAGAGUUGAAGAAUCUUGAUAGGAUUCAGAAGAUUAAUGGUAUCGACCUUACCAACAAGAAAGAGGAUGAAGUUGAUGCAAUAUUUCAGGACAAAAAGCAGUCUGUGUUUAAUCUUAAAGUCCAGAGUGAGGUUUCUUCAAAGUUGGAAGCAGUGUGCACACUGAGUAAGUGUGGCUCUGGUGACAGUAACAGUGAAUUUAUGGAUAGUGGCUCAUAUCAACCAGGCUUUGCAGGAUCCAAACCAAAGAGGAUGUUAUCAUCAAGUUCUGGGCAAGCAUCAACUUGUUCAGUGGAACGCCCACCCACAAAGAGAAUAGUGAAGAGCAAGAGUACUGACACAGACAAGAGCUGGGGACAUCAUGGUGAUGAGUCCUGUUCUCCGGGAGUGACCCACCCUCUGGCCCCAACUCAUCACCUGCUGGAUGCUGCCCACAUCCCAGAUGUACAGGAGUAUGCCAGGACUAUGUCUUUGCCUGAUCGUGUGUCACUGGCUAAAAUAGGCAUAGAAAUUGAUGAUGGGGAGAGAAUCCAUUCUCUGCCUGUGGUAAAUGGGAGCAGGCCAUCAGCGAGGCAUGGAUGUGACAAUGGAAUUGGGGCAGUGAAGCUUAGCGUACGUCGCUGUAAAAACAAAAGCUGCAAUGUGACUAUGAAUUUGUGUCUGUGGCAUUCGCUGAUCUUCAAGGUUCCCCAGUUUGUCAUAUGGGAUCCCAUGUCAAAGACCAUCACUCUCAACAGGGGAACUAAUGCAUCAUUUGGCAUAACUAAGAAGGUGAAAAUACAGGAAGCGACAUCACAGAUAUAUACCCUUGUGGAGGCCAUAGAACCAGGGUCAGUAGCUGCAUCACAUGACCUGUUUGUUGGAGAUUGGAUACAAUCCAUCAACCGCCACCCUCUGCAGAGGCGGGAUGAGGCUCAUCGGGCUCACUUUGAUGACCUCACAGAAGUGCGCUUGGUCAUCCAGAGGCCUGAGGGCAUCCUUCAGAAAGCUCAGGAACACGCUGAUAAGAUUAUGAAGCAGCAGCAGCUGAAGCCAAAAAUGCCCCCCCUGAAGAUGCCCCCAAGACGAGGUGUAUCAGAUGUCAACUUCAGCCCAAGUCCUGGCAUGCCUAUGUGCCCCAACAGUCGACCUGUUCUCACCAGUGUCAGCCCUGUGUGGCUGGGACCUCAAGGUCAGCACGAUCCUGUGGAGAGGGUUGUGUACUGGAGACAUUCUGACAAACAGACCACUGAUGGGCAUGGAAUGUCACCCAGCAGCUUGACCUGUGAGCCCCAAUUCAGAGGAGUGACCAGUCCACACAGUCUAGAAGUCUGGUGUAAGAAUUGUGGGAAUGAGGCAGCCUCCAAUGUAAGUCAUCAUAGCCCACCACACUCACCUGAAGAUAACAGUAAUCCUUUGUAUCACCAAGGAAGCAGCAGUCCAACUACACCCACAGAUGGGACAGUUCCUUGCUCAAGAGUAUUCAUAUGUGGCAAUGCAGCCAAUCAUCUGGCUAACAUGCUAAUGUCAGGAAGUCCAGCCAGCACUACCAUAAUGCAGGACACGCAUACACGGCUGGUGAAGCUUUCCUUGAAGUUUGACAAUAGUAAAGUGUCAGUAGACAUAUGGCAACAGCGGAGAAAUGUACCUAGGGACCAGCAUAGAGUGUUAAACGGGACAGGCUACUUCAGCACUUCGAGUGGCUGUGUUCAUUGUGGGGCAGAUGGAGCCAGUGUCAAUGUGGAACUCUUUGUCAUUCAGGACGACAGUUUCUUUCACCACAGCAGUCACUAUCUGUUCACAAGGGAUAGCCUUUUCAUCGUUGCAUUUGAUUCACAGAAAAUACUCACCAACAUGUCCACUGAUAUCGCUCGUCUGGAACAACUGCUGCAUAGUAUACAGAGUUACGUUGGGAACAUGGCUCAUAUUGCUGUGUAUGGCAUCUUCAGCCUGAAUGACGAGGAGGACAAAGAAGAUGAAGUGCGCACAAUGUUCUAUGCCAAUGACAGACAGCAUGGAAAGUACUCUGUUUCAAUCCCUCAUAUAGUGUUUGUUAAUCGAUCCAAUGUUCAUGAGACAACAGGUGAAUUGUGCUCCAAGAUAUUGAUGCACUCCUUAUCAUAUGGCCAGAAAGUGCUCACAAGAUCUCAGCAUGUGUCUGAAGCAGUGUCUAGCCUGGAGCAUGAGUCCCGCACUGUGUGGCUGGUAGAAGAACUCAGACAACAGAUCUCUGGCCAUUGUCCCCAGCACAAAGACUUAAUAUUGCAAGCUGAUGUUCGUGCUGAGCUGGAGCAGAUUGGAUGCCUCAAACCACUAACAGGAAAGUCAAAUGGACCCCCAAAGGCUGUCCCAGGACAAGAUUUGUUUGUGCAUCCUAUCUCUGUGUAUUAUCGCCUAGUACGCCUGUGCAUUGACAGUAAGGAUGUUGGUGAGGGUGAGCUCAUGUUCAACCUGUCCACGAGAGGAGUGUUACUGCAGAGUGAACUGUCCAUGCUGCUGCACGAGAUCGUACCCGAUGUUGAAAGAUUCACCUACUAUCUGAAGACCCAGGGCAUUGUCUAUGAUAUAGGUCUGUCAGAAAUUUACGAAGGAAAUGAUCGAAAUAUUUUCAUCCCCUAUUUCCUUGAAGAGUUGACAACAGGUGGCCCCAAGUUGACUCUCAGUGACGUCUGUCUGCUGGUUGUGUUUGGUGGGACCACACCAUGGACAAUAUUCUACAGGCUGGUGGCUGCUUUUGGACAGCAUAAAGAAUGUCUGCAUGUAAAAUUCCUGAGAUCAGGGCUGUGCAUCAUCAGUCUCAGGAGUCUGUCAAUAAAGCUUUUAUUUGACAACCUGAAGGAUACCAUUUUGAUCACAGUUGAAAGGGGCAGUCUGUCGGGGAAGGAGAUUGUGGUCAUGCAGGUGUUGCAGCAGCUGCUGGCACAUGUGGCGCCCCCUGACCUCCAUUACAUUCUGGGGCCUCCUUGUCCACUGCAGGAUUGUCCCCCACACAUCCAGGGUCAUGUCAUCAAUCUGGCGACACCCACCAUCAGAUGUGGUCAUGUGUGUCUUAAUGAUCAUCCCAACAUCAAGAAGUGGAUGGUGUCUGAGAACCAGAAGAGUGGCAGCGCAAGUGUCAACCAAAGGGAGACAACUGCAUGCCUUACACGGAACAUCUUGACACUUCCACCAAGUGUAUUCCGGGAGAUCACCAAGAAACUGAUGGCACCUCUUGAAAGAGACUGGCGUGACCUGGCAGGUCUCCUUGGCAAGACAACAGAAGAAGUGAUGUUAUAUGAGGUCAUGCUGCAGAGGAAUGACCGGCUGCCAUCAGAGCAACUUCUCAUAGAUUGGAAUCAAAUGAAACAAGGCAGCAUUGGUCAGCUUAUUGCUCACUUAACAGAAAUGGAGCGAUAUGAUGUUCGCAAGAUAAUAACUGACCACCUGGAGAUUGACAUGGAGGAUUGACAUGGAGCACUUAUCCACUUCAGGACCUCCAGCCACGGGUGUACGAGCAGGGCAUCCCAUCCCAACUUUGACUCAAGGUUACAUGUAGGACAGCUAUGCCCUAUGCACAGUUUUCUUGAUGUCGGGCUCUGUGGUCAUUGCUUCAUUUAUUGUCUGUGGUUGAGAGAGGUGUUGGAGAUGUGCCUGUCAGGGUCACCUUGUUCUGUGUGAUGAGCAUUGAAACCUGGUGGACUCUAAUGUCAGCUGUUGGACCACUGAGCCUUCAUCCUUUGUGUCAUUGGUUGAGCUGCAGAUAGCCAGUUAGUAGGGAUAUAUGACUUCCUAUUCACAGAUAUUCAGUCCAUACUAGGGUCAGGUCUAUUGGAAUCCUGUGUGUUAGGACAAUCAUGUUUGCAGCAUUUGUAAAUAUUUGUUUGAAAGAUUGACAGUCCUAUGCUUUCUGCCAUUGCAGAUCAAAACAAGGUCAACUUUGAGAAUCCAUGAGAAUAUGCAAAAAUAUCAGAACAUUAUCAUGUGAUAAGAUAUGGUGUUCGCAGAGCAUGUGUCCCGAGAAAGUCACCACCCUUGCAAUUAUAGUCCUCUCUUAGUUUUACAUCAACAUGCAAUUGGUACUUCGAAAGUCUUGGCUGGAAAAUGUCUGACUUUAUGUGAUGUGUCGGAAGAUUGUAAGCAGUGUUGACUGUUGGUGUUUUUAUCCUCUAAGAUGUAUUUUGGAUACAUAUUAAUUUUGAUAUAUGCUUCUUUUAUUUAAACUUAUCCUGCAUUACUCCCUAAUGCAUUUACUGCUUGUUUUAACAGAAAGCAGAAGCUGUGUGAGGUCCAGCUGAAGACAAAGUUGUUCCAACUAGUUGUGUGGUUAAUCCCAUCACACAGUGCCAACGUGACCAACGUAUCAUCACAUUACUGCUGUCACUCAGACUGAACAGUCCUGUUUGAGUUUCAAGCUACAAUCCAUUGACAUCCUUUGUGUUAUUCAAAACAGUUUGUUUUUUGUGAUUUAUGUCCUUCAUAGGGUGUAUGACUUCAUGUCUUCCCUACUAUUUUUGUGAUUGCAUUAAUAUUUAGCUCUUGAUGGUGGCUUUUUGUCACAGUAAUUUUAUCAGGCAUAUUGUUGUUCCAAUUAGCCAUUUUUAAUACACUUUGUGGUCAAAUCUUUUUGUGUUCUGCAUUUUGUUUUUCUUUGUGUUGCUUGGUACUUCUUAUACAUUGAUGUAUGUACCUAUGCUUCCCUAUGGUUAUUAAAGUGUUGUAUUCACAAUCCUUUGCAUAAUCUUAUCCUUUACCUCUGUGUUCUAGGAUUUCGAACAUUACAUUCACACACAAUCAUGGUGGGAACGUAUUGUGAUUUCACCUUCGCUUCAUUGCAGAUUUAUGCACCGUUGUACUCAGUACCACGAUGACAAGUCUGGCUUGGAUCCCCACCUUUUGUGUCUGGACUGCACCAAUAUAUGUUUGACAGCAACAAAAAAUAUAGCUUUUGCAUCUCCCUCUCUCCCACAGCCUCCUCCAAGUACCUAAGGGUCUCCCGGAAGCACCGUUCUCAGCCAGCUUGUAAACAAGCUAUAAAGACGAUGUAUGACUCUCAGAGACUGCUACAUCUGCAACAGCCAUCUUGAAAAGAAAAACUUCGGGCUGAAGCCCCUACCUACGUGGGCGUGGAUAAACAAGACACAAUUUGGUCCAAGGCUAUCUCCAUUCCGCUUGCCCAAUGCUGAUGGAUCUGGUCUCAGCAUCGGAUAAAAAUUUGCGAUAAUAUCUUUGUCGUCGGCGUUCAAGAUUCCUCGGUUGACAAAGGACAAUUUCCCUAUUCAUGCUCUGGAGGUGGCGGACAUCGCACACACCCGGGAUGACCUCGCAGACAGAAGUUAACCGUAACAUGAUCUAAGGAAAAUAAGAUAAGAGUUUUGAUCCCCUCAGGGCCAGCAACCCUCAAAAGAUCAGAGCAGUUGCUGAACACGAGAUUGACUUUCAUACAAUACAGAGGUCUGAUGCUUUCCUCAUGCCAAAACUCAUGUACCAAAACUUGAAGAUCAUCACAAAUUCAUGACCGAUUUAACAUUUAACAGAAUCAUCAUGUGCUACCAGGUACCCACCUCUCAGAAUCAUCGUUCACAGGACAGGACCAGACCUCACAAAUAUCAUCAAAUAUCAACUUGCUCCUACACCGGCCACGUUACACUUUCUACACAGAACACGGAAACACCACUUGUCUGUCUUCCACACAGGUCACAGGGAAGUUUCCGUAUGUGAAGCUUGAACCUUGUCUCCGACUAAAUGCACAGGGUGAUUUAAAUGUCACGUGUCAAGGACUCUCAGACCGUAAACAUAUCUGACCGGAAUUAGGUCAACUUACAGAUUGGUUUGCGUGCUUACAUGUGUACUUAAUGCUGCAACUCCUCUAUCAAACGCAUGUCGCUGUACAUCAAUGUGACCGAGUCAUUAACUUCUGUACACCUCCAAUACCUACGUGCGGAGUAACGAGGCACCUCCCUUCAUCGUCACCUCGAUAUAAGAACAUGAGUGCUUGUACGGCAUCGAGGGAAAGAAAUGAUUACCUUACUUUGCAUGGUACAAUCUUUCAGACCAAAGAAUUAUUCAGCCUUUACAGUCUCAUAAACAGCCUAAUCUAAAUCUGCUAUUUGCUCUUCAACUACAGCUUACAUUUAGUGAUCAGUGAUGUGCUCAUGGGAUUGUGUACGUCAGCCCAGGAUUUGAUGAGCAGAGCUCGCCUACACUUGGGUUCGAUCCAACAGUUUCUGGCACCUUACAUGAGAACUCAGGACCCUUGCCUAUCCAUUGCUCUACAUCCGCACCCCAGGAGUCAUCUGAGCUGGUGACAUCUAAGGAGGUGUCCCUUAACAGAACAAUCCGCGACGUCCCUCCUGUUCAUAGAUGCCUCUAUGGAGGGUUGGGGUCCGCAUCUGGAGGACCAGACGAUCUCAAGGCUGUGGUCCCUGCGCACAGCACACUUGGCACAUCAUCAACCUCUGGUUGCAACCCAGAAGGUAAUCAAACCUUGUCACCAUUAAAAUGCUCCUCCUAUCCAGAGCCAGCCUCGCCCAACUCACGCAAUGUUCACAUGACUAACAGGGGAGUUAUUCUGUAAACUAGCAGUUUGGCUUGGUAAAUCAGUUUCUGGACUUUAGUGCAUGCUUAUUUCUCUUGCUGCUUUUUACUUGGAUGUCCUCAUAUUCUCGUGCUGUCCGUGACCUGUGAAGAUCCGGGGUAGAAUAGGUCUUCAGCAACCCAUACUUGUAUUGUAGGCAGUUUGGCAGGGUAUAGGUUUUAACAGGGAGUAUAUAUAUGUCUUAUAUAUUCCCUGAGUUAAAUAAGUUAAAUAUAUAGAUAGAUAUUCACAGCGCUGGCAAAUACAAAUUAUAACAGCAGCUGGGCUAUUAUUACUAUGGCCAACAGCACGGAGUCAUGUGCAGGUCAGUGGCUCCUAAUUCGCGCAAGAGAAUGACCGGUUGGCCACUGAAGCUUGACAUUGUGGAUGAGGUGCGGGAUACUGCAGGCUGACGAGAGAGGUAUCGUAUUCGAUACGUGGCAGCUGAUCAGUGAUUUCACGGGUUAAAAUUAGAAUACUUUCUGUUACUCGGGACUUGACCCUCGGACAUCGGCUAGGCAGGUUGGCACUCUGACGCCUCUGAUAUGCUGCCUGGCCAUGUCUGUCCCAUUACCACAAUCGUGAUUAUACAGAUGUUACAUGGAUGGACUCCUGUGUUUGAAGGACAGAUAUUCCAAACGUAACAGCCCGGGAUACUUGCCGUAAAAGGCGACUAUGCUUGUCGUAAAAGGCAACUAACGGGAUCGGGUGGUCAGGCUCGCUGACUUGGUUGAUGCAUGCCAUCGUAUCCCAAUUGUGUAGGUCGAUGCUCAUGAUGUCAGUCACUGGAUUGUCUGGUCCAGACACGAUUAUUUACAGACCGCCGUCAUAUAGGUAUAUAUAGAAUAUUGCUGAGUGCGGCGUUAAACAACCAAACCAAUCGUACCAUCCGUGGACAAGAUAGGUCAAAGUAGUUACAAAUCUGCGCAAGUGAUGCGCUAAACGACUGCCAUGAAAUACUGGAGAGUUUUAUGUCUUUGAGGACCGCAGUUUAGGGUAUUCCACCGGCGUACUAUCUGAUCAUGAUACAUUAAGGAGUAAUGCAGGAUAAGUUAAAAAAUCUAGUAAAUUCUAGAUAUUUUUUAUAUUUGUUUACUUAUCCUGCAUUACUAUGUCUAAGUUGCCCACCCAUCGCAGAGCUGCCUCCCCACGAUGUCUUCAGGUGUUACGAUCUAGCAGUAAUGUGAUGAUCAGUGACAUCAUCAGUUCCAUGGUUAAGUGGGCGUUAGCCACAUAACUAAUUGGAACAACUUCUUUUUCAGCUGGACCUCACACAGCUUCUUUCUUUCAAAACAAGCAGUAAAUGCAUUAAGGAGUAAUGCAGGAUAAGUUUACAAUCAUAAAAAAUAUCUAGAUUUUACUAGAAUUCUAUGUUUCAUUAAUUUUUCAGGUAAAAUUUGGUAUUUAGGUAUUAAUGAUGUGUCAUGUAGAGGUACAGGUGUG